CAUCGUUUUAUUUUAUUUAUCCUCAUGAACAAACUACUUGAUAUCCGCGACGUCUGUAACAUAAAAGCUGAAAAUCUAAUGUUCUUUCUUCAAGUUGCAGCAGAAGCUUUGAAGUGGUAACAUGGCUCCUGUACUUGCUUACUGGGACGUCCGCGGGCUUGCCCAGCCCAUCCGUCUCCUUCUGGAAUACACAGGGACAGAGUUUGAGGACAAGUAUUACAGGUGUGGCCCAGCUCCUGACUACGACAAGUCUUGCUGGUUCGACGUCAAGGAAAUACUUGGAUUUGAUUUCCCCAAUCUUCCUUAUUACAUCGAUGGGGACAUCAAGAUAACACAGAGCAAUGCCAUCAUGCGUUACAUUGCUCGCAAACACGACCUUUGUGGCAAGACUGAGAAGGAGAAAAUCCGUGUUGACAUCCUGGAGAACCAAGCCAUGGACUUCCGCAAUGGUUUUGUUGGCUUGUGCUACAUGACAUAUGACACGGCCAAGGAUUCCUAUCUGCAGGCCCUGCCAAAGACCAUCGAGAGGUUCUCAAAGUUUUUAGGGACACGCAGUUGGUUCGCAGGUGAUGAUAUCACCUUUGUGGACUUUAUCAUGUAUGAAUUACUGGACCAACACCUGCAGCUGGACAAGGACUGCCUCAAGGAUGCCCAGAACCUGCAAGAUUACCAGAAGCGCUUCGAGGAGCUGACACCCAUCAAGAAGUACAUGGCCUCCCCGCGGUUCAUGAAGGCUCCUAUUAACAACAAGAAGGCAAAGUUUGGCAACAAGUAGAGAGAAGAUGUCAUGUGGAAGAAAACAAAAUAGGCUUAGCCAGCUAUCUUAAAAAAUUAUUGUAAUUAACUGAAGACCACCUGCUUUGAUGUAGAUAUGAAGGCUUCAUUUUGGAAUUCAAUUGGAUAACAUUAAUUAUUUGGCAUCCAAUAGGACAAUAAUUAUUUGGCGUAUACUAGGAGAAUGCAAAAUAUAGCACUAAUAAUACAUUGUGCCUGUAAUGUGAGGAGACACACCACUCUGCAUGCUGGUGUGGGUUCUUCAGAUUUCACACUGACAGCUUCAUAAGUACAAACAACAAUGCAUUCAGGCUUUUAUCCCCUCCCGUAAGUGCAGCUUCAGACUUCCUCACAGCUUCUUGAGAUUGUGAUUUUCUGAGAUUAUAGUAAGUUGAUUCUUUUGUAAGAAUGUUACAAGAGUGAAUUUGAACAUUUUCAUAGGAACUGAUUUGAUAAUGUUUUGAUCUCAUAUAUUAUUGGUAACUUGAAGAGUGUUUAUGAAUAAUGAUUUCGUCAGUUACAUUAAUUCAGUGAUUUUGACUGGUAGGUCAAUGAUCCAUAAUAGAAUUAAAAUUUUAGGUUUUGUUUUCAUUAUUAUGUUUUCCUGAUUUAAAUAUUCGUCAGUUUGAGGGCAUUUCAUAAUAGAAUAAGCAUCUUUCGGUGUUAGUCUUUGUAAAAGAGAACCAUGUAAUGGCAAGAUGUGAAAUAUUUAAUGAAGAUUAAAUGGCAUGAAAUAUGAUCAAAUGAAUGUAUAUAUAAAUUUCAUAUAUGUGGUGUUAUGCUGAAAUGUUUAUUGAAGUAAUAUUACCUCCAUUAAAUUGUCAUGGAGGGUGUAAGAUACGUGAAAAUGAAUGACGGUUAGUGCA